AUGACUCGCUGGAGAGUGCUUUUGGUUCUGGCAUUGGGGCGGAGCGACUGCCCUGGGAAUGACAAGGCCGACUUCGAGGCUUGCCAGACGGACAUCUUCUUGGGCGGCUCCAUCCGUGACGAGACGCCCCAGACAGUAGCGCCCUCGCAGCAGCCAGGGCGUGCAUCAGCAGCCUGCAUGGAUUGGCCUGGAUGCGCACCGCUCGGCCUGUUUGGGGACUGCUGCCCCUCCAAUGGAGGCGCCAUGCUCGGCUGCUGCAGCGCAGGACGUCGGCUAGCGCUGCUGCAGAUGGAGAGGAAGGGCGUCACAAUUGAUGACACCACCCUCCAGUACUGCGCCCGCCGCAUCCCAGGUGAAUGGCCGAAUGCCGAGGCACCGCUCACGUCGCUGCGCCUCUUUCAGACCUGGAACACACAAUGGCCCGUUGAAGGAAGAAAAGCUUCCUGGCAGGGCCUCGUUGACUUCGUCCGCACCCACGGUGUCAAAGUUCUCGUCGGAACGCCGGUUACUUGUGUAUUGGCAGACGACGAGCAGACGUGGGCUUGGACCAAGGAGUUUCUCGGCAUGGUGGGCCCUGAGAACAUCAUGGGCCUCGCCAUCGGCAACGAGCUGGAGCUGCUGGCAGACCACGCGGAUGAGAAGUGUAUAGAGGAGCUGUGGGAAGGAGGAAGGCUUUGGAAGACCUUCAACCAGCGUGUGAGUGAGUUCGACGAGAUGGGCUUCUCGCACAUCCCAGUGACCAGCGUUUUCACAGCAGCCAUUCUGUCCGGGAAUCCCUUCAUGGACGUCCCUGGCAAGGCCCUAGUCAACACCUUCCUCCGCCAGGCCAUGUGGAAGUAUGGAGCGCGCUAUGCCUUCACCUUCAACGUUUACCCGUAUUUCGACCCGAAUCUGCGCAUGAAUGCUGGAAGUCGGGACAAUUGCAGCGAGUCCCUGAAACGAGCCACCUGCUGGCAAGGCGGGGGUAUUUCUUAG